CACCCUGCGCUCUUCCCCCUUCGGCGCGCCCCUCCUUGCCCCUCCUUGCCCCAUGGUCGUCGCCGCACGGCUGAGCUGGAUACGCCGGCAGGUUGCCCAGGGCGUUCCUGGUCAUUUGUCCGUGUUUGGUGCAUCGUCGAACGGCGUUGGCAAGCUCAAGAUGGUUCUGCAUCAUGUCGCUCCCCCCGUGGCUGAUGCUGCACAGGCCCUGCUUCUGGCUACGUUGGAUGCCCUCACGCCGAUGCUCGUCCAGGGCGUCACGGUGGACAGAGGCCAUCGCCACUCUGGCACCCAGUACAGCGAAGCCCAUUUCUGGUUUCGGGUCCCGCCUGGCAUGCAGGCGCCUGAAGAUAACGGCGACGAUGGUCCUGGAGAUGGUGGCCCUCCUGGUGAUGAGCAAGAUGAAGGUGGCCGUGAUGCUGAUCAGCGUGGGCCUGAGUUUGAUCGCUCGUCUGAUGGUCGUUCACCUGACGAUGUUGGUGCUGAUAGUGGGGGUGUCUGCCGCGAUGGUCGUCGUCGAGGCGUUCCUCGCGCCAGUGACCCCUGGCACGACGGGGGCAAUUCGGACCCGUGGGCUGCGGCUGCCUCCAAGCGUCCGCUGACGCUGGCUGCCAGUCUUCCUGCUG